AUGCGGUGCGCGAGCAAGGCCUCCGAGAGCACGUCUGCACGUCUCUGCGCUCGUCAUGAAGACACUCAUGUCUUCACAGAGUAUGAGCUCGGUGUCUCAUACUCUCCUGAUACGGAAGAGGAAUCUUUAUUGAAGGCGGUUGAAACCAAGCCGCCUGCCAAGCGUGGAAUGGAUGAUGCUAUGCGUCGUAGCAUCUUUGGUUCGUCUGACGAAUCCGAUGAACCAUCGCCAAAUCGAAGGCGCUCGAGGUCGCAAGAUUCGGGCGCGAACAGUGGUGUCGGUUCUCCUAUUGACACCACUUCGCAACGAGGUGCCAGUACUUCUGUCGGCACGUCGCAAGAAGAGCGGGUCCGCAGUGUGUUGCAUCUCGCUCCUGAGAAGAAGACAUGGAUGCCUCCAAAAUCCGUCAUGGAUCGCUUGUCGGCGACGACAAGUGAUCGUUAUCGAACACGAUUGUUCGAUUGGUCAAGGAUUCAUCACUUUGACCCCAGUGCGACAGAUUAUCACACUGAGCAUGAGUUCUUCAUCGAUGCUUUCUUUAGUCAUCAAUGGUACGGUCGUGACGUUUGGAACGACAAACUUAUCAAAGCUCGUGAUGAGUUUGGGAAAAGAACCCCGACAGGUGCACGCUACAAGCUGCAUCGUCUGUCUAAGGAGGGUGGGUUACCCUGUCUUUGCUGGGGAGACCCGUGCCCUUGUUGUGUGAACAACUCUGCGCGAUCACCUAAGGAGGCUUACCUCCUUACUAGCCCGUGGUGGCGCGUACGUAUCUCUAGUGAGAUGUACGAAGGGAUUGACAACCUGAAAUCUCUUUACGACCGUGCUGGGAAGACUUUCUCCGGCGGUCCUUCUGCGGCACAGGAUGUGCCGCAUCGUACUGCUCGACCAGACCCAGUACGUCAACCGUCAGUUGGGAGCGGGGCUCCCAAGUAUCCCAGGACGAAGGAUAGCCGCGCCACCGGACGAGAUAACUCGUCUGACGUCCGUUCACGUUGCGGUGGUUCAACAGCUGCUCAACCAGAUAGCGCUGGCCACCACGAGAGUCCUCUAAUGGAGGUGGAGGAGGAGGGAAAACGCUCUCCGAACUAUCACGGGGAAGCGUGUAUCCCCGAGAGCCUCUUUGAUCGCGUAACGCUUGCGUAA